GGGCGAGAGAGAAAGUAACUCCAGGACGAGACCGGAGCGACCCGCGCGGCGCGUACAGGCGGCGAGGCUGCGCCCGGCGCCCCAGACCGGCUGCCGCGGGGGGCGGGGGCCGCGCCUGAGCCCGCACCGCCGCCCCGGCUCCCAGUGGUCUCGGGGUGAGAGGGUCGUUGUCCAGCACUGAUGCGUUUGGCGGAGCGAGCACCAGAUGUUUUGGUGAAGGCGUAAAGCCUAGGGCUUCCAAUGAUACUCUGGGCAGAGAUGGAAGCCUAGAUGCCUCACCGCAAGGAGCGGCCGAGCGGGUCCUCGCUUCACACCCAAGGCAGCACCGGCACCGUGGAGGGAGGAAGCAUGUCCCGGUUGUCUCUGACCCGGUCGCCCGUGUCCCCCCUGGCGGCCCAGGGGAUCCCACUGCCAGCCCAGCUCACCAAGUCCAACGCGCCUGUGCACAUUGACGUGGGCGGCCACAUGUACACCAGCAGUCUGGCCACGCUCACCAAAUACCCUGAUUCCAGAAUCAGCCGCCUCUUCAAUGGCACGGAACCCAUCGUCUUGGACAGCUUGAAGCAGCACUAUUUCAUCGACCGGGACGGGGAGAUCUUCCGCUACAUCCUGAGUUUCCUGCGGACGUCGAAGCUUCUGCUCCCGGAUGACUUCAAGGACUUCAGCCUGCUGUACGAGGAGGCUCGAUACUACCAACUGCAGCCCAUGGUGCGGGAGCUGGAACGCUGGCAGCAGGAACAGGAGCAGCGACGCCGCAGCCGGGCCUGCGACUGCCUGGUGGUGCGUGUCACGCCUGACCUGGGCGAGCGCAUUGCGCUCAGCGGCGAGAAGGCCCUCAUCGAGGAGGUCUUCCCCGAGACAGGCGACGUCAUGUGCAACUCAGUCAAUGCCGGCUGGAAUCAGGACCCCACGCACGUCAUCCGCUUCCCGCUCAAUGGCUACUGCAGGCUCAACUCCGUGCAGGUUCUGGAGAGGCUAUUCCAAAGGGGCUUCAGCGUGGCAGCAUCCUGCGGGGGUGGUGUGGACUCGUCCCAGUUCAGCGAGUACGUGCUGUGCCGAGAGGAGCGGCGACCGCAGCCCACCCCCACGGCCGUCCGGAUAAAGCAGGAGCCCCUGGACUAGGCCCUGCUGCAGUGCCCACCUGAGCCCCUUUGGCUCUAGGGGACCCCUGUCCCUUCAGGGACCUGGACAUAAUGCUGGGGAGCUCUGCGCCCUCCUGCUCAGUGAGACUGGCAACAGCAUGUGGGACGCUAGAGGUGUCCACCAUGGAAGGAAGGACUGUUGAAGUGACCCAGAGGUGGGAACUCUGCCACUGGCUCCCCGGCCUAGCCUAACAGCCUCUGAGGCUGCAGGGCCCACCUGGUCUGUUCCAGAGGAUCGACAGAGAGGGCUUAUUUUUCUACAGUAUUUAAGAUGGAAGCCACUAGCUGCACACAAGCCAGACGCUGCCAAGGACCAGCCCUUCUUUUUCUGGUGCUCAGUUCUCAGCUGGACUGCAAGCCCACCUGGUGGAUGGCUCUAGUGAUCACCCAUGUGGCUGAUGCAGGGCUCAAGGGAGGAAAGGGGGCUGCUGGAGUGUGUGGUGCCAAGUGGGCAUGAAUGGCUCUGGAAUCUUCCAAGAACUGCACCCUUGCUGCUGCCCAGGGCUUAGGCCUUACUUGGUGGGUCAGCUGACUCCUAUUGUGGGGGGCUUCCAGCACUCUUCUGUGUUCUCACAGCUGGGCUCCCAGAGAAGGCUCUCCCCUCUGGACCACAGGACCGCACCUAAUCCUUACCUCAGGAAUGGGCCCCCCGAGGAGACGGGCCCAUCUGUCAGCAGCGUCCUCUGGGUCCCCAGCUCAGGAAGCCGUCCCCAGCUCCAGUUUCCCGCAUUCACAUGCACACUGAAUUUUAAGGAACUGUUGUUACACUUGCCCUGACAAACAGAGUCUGACAUAGGCAGAACCAGGGGUCCUCAGCCCUGGGUUCCAAUGAGGACUGGCCCUUUGGGGACCUCCCAGGCCCUGCCACCUCCCUAAUGACAGGUGGACACAUCAGCUGUCACAUUUCCCCCUGCGCUGGCUCUCCCUAAUGGAGAAACCUUGGAGUAUACAUGGGCUGGGUGGCGGGGGCUGGGGGUCCUGGCAGCUCUGUCCUGUGUACCAUGCCUGUAGACUUGUAUAUGACUUCUUUAAUAUUGUAAAGAUGCUGGUGUACAAUG